CUUCGGGCCACCAUUGCGGCGCAACAUUGACCGAAAAUUUUCUUUGAUCUAAUCGAUCGCAUCAGGCAGAUGCUUUUGGGUUGACGCUAGAGAAUGGAUAUAUAACUUGUGCUACAGCCGUGGCGCCGGAGAGACUCCCCUGCUUGUAACUCGCAUAUGCACAUGCAUCCUCGUCCGCUUCCGGAACACUUUACUAGUGACAGCCCUGGAAGUCAAUCCGUCGAUCUAUUGGGUUGCGGAUUAAGCAGGUCCUUCUUUUACUUGUUUCAUCAUCUUUGGUAGAGACAAGGAGAGACAGACGGUGACACUGAAAUCUCGUGGCCGUCGUCUCACCUUCUGCACCUUCAUCACCAACCACCAACCAUGGCUGCCGACUUGAACCCCGCCUCCCUGCCUGGGGUGGAAAAGGCUGCCAGCCAAGUCGUAGCCAACGACAACGAGAAGAGUGUUGACAAAUCUGCUGCCGACCUCGUCAGAAACAUCAAGUCGCCUGGUGUUUCCCGUAUCGAGGCCAUCUCGAGCUGCAUCACCUUGGUCGACCGCAUCGCAAUCUUCCUCAGCGUCCUUCUGCUUGCUUACUGCUAUGGCCUUGACGGCACUCUGCGAUACACCUACCAGCCGUAUGCCACUGGCUCGUGGGACAGCCACUCUCUGCUGUCGACCAUCAACGUCAUCCGCGCCGUCAUCGCAGCGGCAGCUCAACCUACCGCCGCCAAGAUUGCCGACGUCUUUGGCCGUGUCGAGCUGAUCUGCGUCUCUGUGUUUUUUUACGUCCUUGGAACGGUUAUUGAGGCCGCAGCCACCAAUAUCGCGACUUAUGCCGGCGGUAAUGUCAUCUACCAAGUCGGCUAUACCAUGGUCCUGCUGCUGGUUGAAGUCAUUAUAGCCGACAUCACCUCGACCCGUGCCCGUCUCUUCUUCAGCUAUAUUCCAGCCUUGCCCUUCAUCAUCAAUGCAUGGAUUAGCGGCAACGUCGCCAACUCCGUCCUGGGAGCAACUACCUGGCGAUGGGGUAUCGGAAUGUGGUCCAUCAUUUACCCAGUCUGCGCUCUGCCGCUCAUCAUCAGCCUCUCGAUUGUGGGCCGGCGCGCCAGGAAGCAGGGUCUCCUUGUCAACUACCGCUCAUCGUUUGAGCAGCUGGGCUUCAAGAAUCUCGUCGUCGAGCUCUUCUGGUUGUUGGACGUUAUCGGCAUCCUCCUCCUCAUCGCCGUCUUUGCCCUCAUCCUCGUACCUUUCACUCUAGCUGGCGGUAUCCACAGCGAGUGGCGCACUGCCCACAUCAUUGCACCGCUCGUCGUUGGUGUUUGCUGCAUCCCAUUCUUCAUCUGGUGGGAGCUCAAGGCUCCUCACCCGCUGGUCCCAUUCUUCCUCAUGAAGGAUCGAGCUGUGUGGGCUCCGAUGGGCAUUGCUGUCUGCCUCAACUUUGCUUGGACGAUGCAAGGCGACUUUCUUUAUACUGUCCUCGUCGUCGCCUUCAACUUCUCCAUCACAACUGCGACCCGAGUCACGUCACUGUACUCGUUCGUCAGCGUUAUUAUCGGAGCCAUUCUCGGCUUGGUGGUUUACAAAGUUCGCCGCCUCAAAAUCUUCGUCGUCGCCGGAACCUGUCUCUUCAUGGUAGCCUUUGGAUUGCUCAUCCGUUUCCGUGGAUCCAUCACGAGCUCCAGCCGAGUCGGCGUCAUUGCAGCUCAGGUUGUUCUGGGUCUCGCUGGAGGCAUGUUCCCUUACACUGCUCAGGCAUCUAUCCAAGUUGGCCUGAGGCACGAGCAUUUGGCCGUCAUGACGGGUCUCUACCUAGCAGUAUACAACAUUGGGUCUGCCUUUGGAAAUACUGUUUCUGGAGCCUUGUGGACACAGCUGCUCCCCAAAGCUUUGGAAACCAGACUGGCAAACAUCAAUUCUACAUUGGCGAUCGAAGCUUACGGCAACCCUCUUGUGGCCAUCCUUCCAUACCCUCCUGGUACACCUGAGAGAGACGCCAUCGUUGAUUCAUAUCAGUACAUUCAGCGCCUGCUCGCCAUCACCGGUAUUUGCAUCUGCGUUCCGCUCAUUGCAUUUUCGCUCGCAAUUCGCAACCCCCGCCUCACUGGCGAACAGACCUUGGCUGUGGAUUCAGAUGUCGAAGAGGCGCAGGUGGAAAACGCACACAAAUAAGCGUGGAUGCAGAUCAAGAAAGCAGAGUUAAUUUGAAAGAGGCGAAAAGUUGCAUAGCGAUCUUACAUGUGGAAAGAUAGAGGGAGCUAUGAAAUGCUCCUGUCCACCCGUUUAUAAUGUAUAUAAUUAGUAGCAUUAAAUAAUAAUGACGAUUACUGUUCAGCAUUUCGAGA